AUGGAUAAUCUGCUGAAUUUUAUCGAUAAUCGACACUUUUUGGAGUUGGAAGAGAAGGAGAUGAGAAAAGAGACGGUGGUGCACGAGAAGACGAUUCAAACUAUGCUUUUCGCGUUCCCCGGAGCCGGAUUAGGAAACAAGCUUUUCGAAGUGAUUUCACUCCUUGGAAUCGCUGAAACUCUUCAGAGAAGUCCUGUCAUCAAUGCGACCAAUCCGGAUUACGUUAGCACUUUGUCGAAAAAUAUUCAGCCGAUUUUUCCGAAGCUAGUGGAGCAAUUUCAGUUGAAAAUCAUACCGUUCACCGCCAUAGCUCAUGAGCACACCAAUUGGGGAGCAUGUUGUAAAUUUGACAAUCCUGCGAAGUUCAUAAAUCGAUCGGAGCAACACAUGAUGCUGGAUGGACACUAUUUUCAGAGCUACAAAUAUUUCCAUCAUAUGCGACCGAAAAUCCGGGAAUGGUUGGCGCCAAGCAAGUUGACUGCUGUGAGAGCUGAAAUUUUACUUCCAGCAAAGUUUAGAAAUGAUUUGAUAAUUUGCACCCACGUGCGUCGUGGCGACUUCCAAUACGAUGGAGUUCAUCAGCCAUCGGAUGCCACCUUCACACGGGCGGCCACCGAUUUUUUAGUGGAAUUCUAUCAAAAAUCAAGUCCGAAAGUAACUGUGGUAGUGUUGGGAAAUGAUAUCGAAUUCGCGCACACUGUAUUCGAAGAUCGCACAGACAACUACAAAUUCCUUCAAGAAACAAAUGGCACACGGUACAACUAUACUCUUCCUACAGUAUCCCCACUCUAUACGGCAAUCUUGACACCAACUUUAACGCCAGAGAUUGAUUUGGGAUUUUCAAGAUUAUUUUGUGAUGUCACGUUGAUCACAGCACCGUCAUCGACAUUUGGCUGGUGGCUCUCAUACCUGUCGAAGAGCAAGUCUACUACAUAUUAUCGGGAUAUCACGGAGUCGAAAGAUGGGACAUCCAUCAUCUUCUCCUCCGUAAUGAUAUUUCUAUCGUUGCUCAUCAUAUUGCUCAACUGGCGUCUUUCCCGUCGAGUCCUCGCGAGAAAAAAGCAUCCGACAGUCCGAAAACUUCGAAAAAUGUUGAUAAAAGGGCGGUCGGCGGUGAAGACGGGCAUUCUGACACCCAUUGAGACGGUUAUUCUGGCACUGGAGGCGGGAAUGACACUGGAAGAUGUACGGUUGGAAUAUGUGAAUGCGAAUGGGACGAGAGAGGAGAUUUUGGAAAGUGUGUUCGGGAAGCUGGCGGACAACAAAUUCUUCGCCCGCCUCAUCUCGAAUAGUCGUUUCAUGGAAACCGGCUACGCGAACGAGAAGAUUUUUCUGGAUUUGUGGAAGAGUGAGAGCUAUCGGGAACUCGUACUGACGACCCAACGCCCGGAAUGCCCGACUCAAACUUUCCAGCCAUCCGCCCUAGUGGAUCCUCUGAUCUCCCAAAGUAAAAACCCGCCAAGUACCACUGAAAUCGACACCAAAGCAACCAACACCACUUCACAAGCCCCGCCCCCUCCCGCGGACCCAAAACCGAAAACUCAAAGAAAAUCGAUAAUCGACAAGACUGCGGCGGCGUUGCUGCACGAGGGAAAACCACUGUUGUGUUCGGGCGGUGCAGAUGAUGCGAUUUGA